AUGACGACUAUCUCCAACCUUCCAAGGGAGCUAGAAGAGAUUUUCUGUAGGAUUCCUUUGAAAUCUAUGAGAGCAUCUGUGCAAUUAACUUGCAGAAAGUGGGAUGUUUUAUUGAAAAAUCAGAGUUUUACAAAGAUGCAUAUUGAAAAAGAGUCGUCUCAGAUUAUCAUGUUAAUGGAUUACAAUCUCUAUCUAAAGAGAGUCGUCUUUGAUAAUGAUCCAUCUAUAGAGCCUAAAGGCAAACUUACUUGCCUUGGAGAACAAGUCAGGGUAUCUCAAGUUUUUCACUGUGAGGGUUUAUUGUUAUGCACGUUGAGAGACGAUACUAAGGUCGUGAUUUGGAAUCCGUAUUGGGGGCAAACAAGGUGGAUCGAACCAAGAUAUUCUCACGAGAUACAGUACGGACGGUUUAAGUACAACUACAAGUAUGCUCUCGGAUACGUGAACAAGAAGAAGAGAUCUUGUCGUAGCCACAAAAUCUUGAGGUUUAUAGAUGAUAACCUUCGUGCCCAUGUACCUGGAAGCGACGAAUUCUGGUGGUAUGAGGUUUACGAUUUUGACUAUGAUUUAUGGACAACUCUUGAUGUCACCCCACACUGGCGUAUAUUGUUUUUUUACCAUGGUGUGACUCUCAAGGGAAACACUUACUGGUGUGCUUCAGAAAGGAACUCAGGAGACGAACAUGAGUAUCACAUGAUCUGUUUUGAUUUUACAAGAGAGAGAUUUGGGCCGUUUCUGCAUCUGCCGUUUAGCGCUGGGAUUAGUUGCGACUAUGUAAAUAUAUCUUGUGUCAGAGAAGAGAAGCUUGCUGUUUCAUUACAGCACAACGAAGCUUGUCCAAAUGAGAUUGAGAUAUGGAUUACUACAAAGAUUGAGGCAGAAAAUGUGUUGUGGAGCAAGUUCUUGAAAAUGGAUAUGGGACCAGACUUCGAUGACAUUCCGAUUUCCAAGAGUUUCAUCAUCGACGAAGAGAAGAAAGUAGCCAUGGGGUUUUAUAAAAACUAUGAGCACUCGAUUUACAACAAAGUUAACUUCAUUGGAGAGGAUGGAUACUUUAGAGGAUUGGAUCUCGGAGUCGUAGAAGAUGUAGUCAAAGGGUGUGUGGCAAGUGUGUGCCCUUAUGUUCCAAGUUCAGUGCAAAUCAAGAAAUCUGCAGGAUGA